UGGCCGUCUCUGCGGCUGCUACGGCCUGGGCCGACUGUGCACUGUGCGCAGGCGCGGAGCCUAGACCUCGCUGCAGCCCCCAUAGCCUCGGGGAGUCGCACCGACGGAGUCCGCCUGCUGGCGCGUCAGUGCUCUCCCCCUCGUCCACCCUCCCCGGUCCCCCCAGCGCCCUUCGCGCCCGGAUGGCGGAGCUGCGGCCUAGCGGCGCCCCCGGCCCCGCCGCGCCCCCGGCCCCUGGCCCUAGUGCGCCCCCGGCCUUCGCCUCGCUCUUUCCCCCAGGACUGCACGCCAUCUACGGAGAGUGCCGUCGCCUUUACCCUGACCAGCCGAACCCGCUCCAGGUUACCGCUAUCGUCAAGUACUGGUUGGGUGGCCCAGACCCCUUGGACUAUGUUAGCAUGUACAGGAACGUGGGGAGCCCUUCUGCCAACAUCCCUGAACACUGGCAUUACAUCAGCUUCGGCCUGAGUGAUCUCUAUGGUGACAGCAGAGUCCAUGAAUUUACAGGAACAGACGGGCCUAGUGGUUUUGGCUUUGAAUUGACAUUUCGUCUGAAGAGAGAAACAGGGGAGUCUGCCCCCCCAACCUGGCCAGCAGAGCUAAUGCAGGGCUUGGCCAGAUACGUGUUCCAGUCAGAGAACACCUUCUGCAGCGGGGACCACGUGUCUUGGCACAGCCCUUUGGAUAACAGCGAGUCAAGAAUUCAGCACAUGCUGCUGACCGAGGACCCACAGAUGCAACCCGUGCAGACACCCUUUGGGGUAGUUACAUUUCUCCAGAUUGUUGGCGUCUGCACCGAGGAGCUCCACGCAGCCCAGCAGUGGAACGGGCAGGGCAUCUUGGAGCUGCUGCGGACGGUACCUGUCGCUGGCGGCCCCUGGCUGGUAACUGACAUGCGGAGGGGAGAGACCAUAUUCGAGAUCGACCCACACCUGCAAGAGAGAGUUGACAAAGGCAUCGAGACAGACGGCUCCAACCUGAGUGGUGUCAGUGCCAAGUGUGCCUGGGACGACCUGAGCCGGCCCCCUGAGGACGAUGAGGACAGCCGGAGCAUCUGUAUCGGCACGCAGCCCCGGCGGCUGUCCGGCAAAGACACGGAGCAGAUCCGGGAGACCCUGAGGAGAGGACUUGAGAUCAACAACAAACCUGUCCUUCCGCCAAUCAACCCUCAGCGGCAGAAUGGCUUCACCCACGACCGGGCCCCGAGCCGCAAAGACAGCCUGGAAAGUGACAGCUCCACGGCCAUCAUUCCCCACGAGCUGAUCCGCACACGACAGCUGGAGAGUGUGCAUCUGAAAUUCAACCAGGAGUCAGGGGCUCUCAUUCCCCUCUGCCUAAGGGGCAGGCUCCUGCAUGGACGGCACUUUACAUAUAAAAGUAUCACAGGUGACAUGGCCAUCACAUUCGUUUCCACGGGAGUGGAAGGCGCCUUUGCCACUGAGGAGCACCCUUAUGCAGCCCAUGGACCCUGGUUACAAAUUCUGUUGACUGAAGAGUUUGUAGAGAAAAUGUUGGAGGACUUAGAAGAUUUGACUUCUCCAGAGGAAUUCAAACUUCCCAAAGAGUACAGCUGGCCGGAAAAGAAGCUCAAAGUCUCCAUCCUUCCCGACGUGGUGUUCGACAGUCCACUGCACUAGCCUGGGCUAGGCCCUGCAGGGGCCAAGGGAGAGCCCAGCUGCUCCCCGGUGACUUCCAGAGUACCAACUGCGGACACGCGAACGCCACAAAUAAAAGGACACGCGUGAGGAGGGCUGUGCAG